AUGGCUUCCGCUCUCAAUUCUGUGCCGGCCAACAAUGCGUCUGGCAAUGCCAACGCAGCCCCAAACCCUGGCCGAUCUACCCUGAGAUCCAGCAACAGCACCAAGGGGUCUGACAACCGACGACAAUCGGGCAGCCCUAGUGAUGGCGGACAACGGCGCACAAACUCCCACAAAGCUUGGACCCAAGGGACCAACCCCAUCACUCAACGAUCUUCAUACUCCCCAUCCAACGCCAACAUGACCCACCAGAGACAGACUGGCUCCCCCAGACCUAACCAGAAGGAGUCAAACACUGCCGACAGCCAUGCCCAUGAUCGCCUGCUAUUCUUAUUCGCCAGCUUCAUUGGUUUGCAAACUACCAUAACGACCAAGACUGGAGAGAAGUUUACUGGUAUUUUCUCUUCAUCGACCAUGGAGCCCAACGAAGUCUCGUUCCUGCUCAAGAUGGUCCAGCGGGUUCCGCAAGAGGGCCAGACUCGAGCGAACGGCGUCAGCGAUGUCGCAACCCCGUAUCUGGGCCCCGCGCCCGAACAUAUCAUGUCAUUCGAUAUCAAGGACGUUGCCGAUAUUUCUGUUCCAAACGUUACCACGGCGGAGGUUUCGGCCAAGGACUCAAACGGUGCUUCCCAGGGCUUCAGAACCGACAGCGAUAUCUCCGGAAACCUAGCCAUGCGCGAGCGCACCUUGCAGCGCUGGCAGCCUGCGGAGACUGAUGUCGAUAUGUCAUUGGAGACUAGCAACAACGCUACGGGCUGGGAUCAGUUUGAGGCAAACGAGCGUCUUUUCGGCGCUAAGACCAAUUACGAUGAGAACAUCUACACUACUCGCCUCGAUCGUUCCGAUCCCAACUACAAGCAAAAGCAAGCGGAAGCAGCUCGCAUCGCCCGUGAGAUUGAGGGCCAGGAGGUGGACAAUUCACACAUGCGCGAGGAACGCGGCCUUGUUGUGCCGGAUACUGGAGAACUCGACGAAGAAGACAAGUACAGUGGUGUUCGGCGCGAAGAAAAGGGCUUCCCUCCCUUGGUCUCUGGCCAGCCGAAUAAGUACAUGCCACCUGGACGCCGCCAAGCCGCUCCCCAGCCUCCUGCGGCUGCCGCUUCUAUUUCAAAACAGAACGUGCCUUCCCCUGCUCCAGGGGCUCCGAUUCCCACCCCGGUUCACACUCCGACCCCAAAUGUUGCGAAGGAUACUCCUCCUUCGGACAAGCAACCUGACCCGGUCACAUCACUACCGGUGCCGGCAAACACCGAGUCAAAGAAUGUCGCCGGCCAAGGUGUCACCGCGAGUGCAUCCGCUGCGAAGCGUGCUGUGCCUGAAAACGCGACCGCCAACGUGGGGGCGGAGGUGCUGGAUCAUUUCCGCCAGUUCGCAAACAGUGAAAAGAUCAAAAUACAGGAGCGCCGUCGGAAUCAAGCCUCAUUCGACCGGACGAUGAAACUCAACGAGCUGUUGAAGUUCUCUAAGAGCUUUAAACUCUCUACCCCUGUGCCCAAAGACCUUGUUCCUAUCCUAGCCAAGGACCGGGUUAAGCAGGAAGCUAUCAUGCAACGAGCUCUGCAGCAAGGGGACGACAAGGCCAGCCCGAAGAUUGCGCAUCCAUCCACUGAAACCACCGAACAAAAGCCCACCGCUCGUGGCGUGGGGCCUACCGGAGCAGUACCCCCAUCUGCGCCCGCUGACCGCCAGAACUACAACCGCGCUCGCCAGGGCUAUCCUCCGACUGGACCGCUCGCUGGCCGAUACCCCCAGCAAACUAUUCCGCCGGGUCGUCCGGGCGUCGGCAUGCUCAGUCACCGACUUGCUGACAAUCUGCAGCAACGAAAGGGGGCCGGCAUGGGACCUGUUCCCACUCCUCUGCCCAUCCAAGAUGCUCGCGUACCCCCGACUGGCCCUGCAAGCGACCAGCAGAGGAUAACUAGCCCUGGCAAGUCGCAGGUCGCAUCUUCCGCAACGGCCAAGUUCAACGUUAAAGCCAUGGAAUUCAAGCCGAACCCAGCGGCGAGCACUUUCACCCCUGGUGGUACCUCCGUCGCUACCCCAAGCGCACGGUCAUUCUCUCGCAAUCGCUCUGUGUCCCGCGCGACAACGCCGACUGCAUUCUUCGGCCCGAGGAAACCCCUGCCGAUCUCGGAACGACCCUCCAUUGGCGAUCAGUUCAACCCUAUCAAGCGCAUGAAGAAGGAGAGCGCCGAACAGACCGAUAAGUCAUUCGGGCUCAUAGGAGGCAUUCCCCCGCCCUACAAGACAUUGCCAACCUGGGAUGCUGCGGAGGGCAGCGAAGAGAAGACGUACGAUCAGAUGUUCAAACAGCCGCUCGGCGUGCACUCUGUAUCGCCCCAAGGCCGGUCAACCUCCAACAACAGCAACGUCUCCCAGCAGCAUCUGGUACCCUUCCCAUUCCAGCCAGGUACCCCUGGUAUGACCCCAACCUCUGGUCCCCCACCCCACAUUCACUCGCAGGGCCCGCAUAACCCCUCCCACGUGGAUGAUCACCACCGCAUGCAGCUCUCCACCUCGAACUCCCAGGUUUUCCCGUCUCCACGUCUACAGCAUGGAUAUCCGUCCCCAAUGGCGCCUCACAAUGGCCAGCUUGCGUUCGGGCAGCCGAUGGGGCAGUUCUAUGGUGGGCCACAACCCGCCCACAUGAGACCUUUCCAAGGUGGUGGCCCGCAGUACGUGAAUGGCGCUCCUCUCAUGGUGCAGCAAGCCUCCAGCGGACCUUACAUGGGAGCUCCACAAGGAAUGACACCAUAUAACGGCCAAAUGCCUAUGUACUCCCCGAACCCGGGUCACGCUUAUCCCCAACAUGCACCGGCACCUCAGCCACAUAGCGGGUACCCGAGCCCGAGCCGCGGUGCGCCAAUGAUGAUGCAUCAGAAUUCCCAAUCUGGUCAAGCUCAGCCCAUGAUGUUCAUGCCCGGUCAACCAGGAUAUCCCCAGCAGCCACCACAUAUGCCACCCAACCGUGGCAGCUAUCCCCAGCAGCCUCAUUUUUCUUCGAGUCCCCACCAGUCACACCACUUCCCUUCCAACCAGCAUCGGACACCGAGUAAUGGAUUCAACCAAAUGCCUCAGAUGCCAACUCAGAUGUCUGCCAACACCCCCGCAUCCACCCCUGGAGCUGCCCAUCCAGGCGAUGCAACGGAAGAAGGAAAAUGA